AUGCUUCAGUAUAUCGCUCGCGGUGGUAAGGUUAGGAUCCGUCGUAAGGAUGUUUUUCCAAACAAUUUUAAGCAACAAAAAACUGCUCACCGCUUGUGUGAUAGCGGUGGUGAUAACGAUCUGUGCCAUUGUGGUACCGAUCGCUGUCGUCAACUCAUACGAUGAAGCUUCACCCACGUCCAAGAAGUUCUCCGGUCGAGAGGUACUCGACGAAGUACCACUUAUAGAUGGACAUAACGAUCUUCCGUUCAGCAUAUAUCUGGUAGAGCGGAACAUGAUCAAUAACUUUAACCUUGACUAUAAUCUUAAGGUGCAUCCCGUGUGGGCUACUGUAAACAGCAGUCAUACGGAUAUUCCCCGAUUACGUCAGGGUAAGCUUGGUGCGCAGUUCUGGGUCGCGUACAUUCGAUGUGCAGACACGCAGUACAAGGAUGCAGUUGCACGCACGUUGGAGCAGAUUGACGUCACGAAGCGCAUCAUCAAGAAGUACCCGAACGAUUUCAAGUAUGCCGAUUCAGCGGAUGGAAUUAUGGCAGCUUUUAGCGAGAAGAAGUUGGCCUCAUUGAUUGCCGUUGAAGGUGGUCAUUCGAUUGAUUCCAGGUUGGCGGUACUGAGAUUGUUCUACGAGCUUGGUGUACGGUACAUGACGCUGACACACUCUUGCAACACACCCUGGGCCGAUGCGUCUCCGAUAGACGAUGUUAGUCCCGCGCCAUCCCAACUCACUAACCUGUCCGCCUGGGGACGCCACGUGAUAUGGGAGAUGAAUCGUCUCGGUAUGAUGAUCGACAUAUCGCAUGUUAGCUACGGUGUGAUGAGUGACGUGCUUCAGCAUAGUCGUGCACCGGUCAUCUUUAGCCACUCGUCGGCACAUGCCGUGUUUGAGCACCACCGUAACGUACAGGAUGACAUUUUGUGGGAGCUCGGCAAGAAGAAGGGAAUUGUGAUGGUUAACUUCUAUCCACUGUUCGUCGGAGGAAACACUAUUGACGAUGUUAUCAAGCACCUAAACCACAUCAGGACGAUUACUGGAGUUGAUCACAUCGGACUUGGAGGUGACUACAAUGGCGUAGCAGUUACACCGGAAGGCCUGGAGGAUGUCUCCAAGUAUCCGGAUCUUUUCGACCUGCUCGCAGAUGGCGCCUUGCGUACUGGUGAAACCUUCGAGCCCUGGACGAGAGAAGAUCUUCAGAAGCUGGCCGGAUUGAACCUUUUACGAGUGUUCCGCGAAGUAGAACGCGUACGGGACAGUUUAAUCGAUGAAGAACCAUUUGAAGAUUUAAUUCCAUACGAAGAGUUCGUACAAGCAAAUGUGGCGGAACAGCCGUGCAUGUCUGACAUUGAUAUGCACAAGAGUUUAGUAGUGACUGGACCGUCGAGUAAAUCGGUGCCAACUGCCACGAUGUCUUGUCUAGCUAAAGUGAUGGCGCACAAAAAAAUCCUAACAAUGGGUGUACUGAUACUGUUAGGUGUCGUAGCCGUGGCUAUAGCGGUUCCAAUCGCUACCAACAGUAACUCCGAUAACAACGUUGUACCGCAAGUCAAUCAAUUUUUCGGAAGAACAGUACUGGAUGAGGUUCCAUUGAUUGAUGGACAUAACGAUUUGCCGUGGAAUCUUUACAAUUACGAGCGCAAUCAGAUCAACAAGUUUGAGCUAAACACCAACCUGAAGGCGCAUCCCGUCUGGGGACCAGCCACCAACAGCCACACGGACAUACCUCGCCUGAAGGCAGGAAAAGUGGGUGCUCAGUUUUGGGUAGCAUACGUAGGUUGUGACAACCAGUACAAAGAUGCGGUAGAGCGUACACUCGAGCAGAUUGACGUGAUCAAGCGAAUGGUGCGAAAGUACUCCGAUCACAUGAAGUACGUCACAUCGACCGAAGGCAUUAUGGAAGCGUUCCAGGAGCGUAAGAUCGGUUCGCUGAUCGCUGUCGAGGGUGGACAUUCGAUGGAUUCUCGUCUAGCGGUGUUGCGAAUGUUUUACGAGCUCGGUGUGCGGUACAUGACGCUGACACACUCCUGCAACACACCGUGGGCCGAUGCUUCACCGAUCGAUGAUGAACCGGGAGCGACCCUGCGGAAUGUUACCGGCUGGGGAAGGAAUGUGCUGUGGGAGAUGAAUCGGCUCGGUAUGCUGAUCGAUGUGUCGCAUGUUAGUCACGGUGUUAUGGUGGAGGUUUUGGAGCACACGAAAGCACCGGUCAUCUUUAGUCACUCCUCUUCGUACGCCGUCUUUAACCAUCAUCGCAACGUGCAGGACGACGUGCUGAAGCAGUUGGUCGAAAACAAUGGCAUUAUCAUGGUGAACUUCUACACAGGAUUUAUUGGUGGCAGAUCGAUCGAUAAUGUUAUCGAACAUCUGAACUACAUCAAGAGUAUCACCGGACCUGACCACAUAGGGCUCGGUGGAGACUUUGACGGAGUGUCCGAUGUGCCCGAGCAUCUAGACGAUGUGUCCAAGUAUCCCGAUCUGUUCGAUUUGCUUGCGGAUGGAAUGUACAAGAAUGGAACCACCUUUACACCUUGGACGCGUGAAGAACUUCGAAAACUCGCGGGUGAAAAUUUGCUCCGAGUUUUCCGUGAAGUGGAACAGGUCCGGGACAGUAUGGUGGAUGUGGCACCGUACGAAGAGUUGAUUCCUUAUCAGGAUUUCGUCGAUGCCGGUGUAGCUGAGCAACCGUGCAUGAGCGAUAUGGAUAUUCAUAAGCAAUAA